ACCAGCAACCCGCAGAGAUUAACGGCUCUGUGUCCUCCGCUGUAUAUUUUGGGGAACCUUUGAACCACUCCCCCUGUUACUGAGAGUAGACCUACUCGUGCUACAGCUGACACACCACCAUGGCCACGUCUCCCGUCAAAGACUUCCUGGUUACCUAUGUAAUGCCAGAAAAAUGUUACGAGAGGAUUUUUGUCAGUUUUUACAUUAACGGGCCUUGCCUAAAGUUCAUCAUGAGCAGAGCUGUCGGGUUAUGGAUCUUACUGGACACUUUCCUGGCACAGCUGCUUCAGCUGUUGACGAUACUGUGGAGAGGAAGUGCAGAUGGCCUGAGUCUGUCCUCUGUGCUGCUGCAACUAUAUGCUUUCUCAUGUCCUGUUGUGUACGCCAUAGCCAACAACUUCCCACUCUUUGCCUGGGGUGAGAGGCUCUUUGCCUUGGCCCAGACUGCAGCGAUUGUCUUCCUCAUCCUGCAUUAUCGUGGUGAAACACUAAAAGGCAUGUUGGUCCUCUUGGCUUACGGGUGUCUAAUGCUCCUUCUGGGCUCCUACGCAGCAGCGGCAGCUGUCUCAGUGAUGCACACCUCAAGUUUGGCAGCUUUAAUUGCAAGCAAGGUUCUUCAGGCUGGAACCAACUACCGUAACGGCCAUACAGGCCAACUGUCAACUCUGUCUGUGUUACUAUCGUGGGCAGCGUCUCUGGGUGUGAUCUUUGUGUCUCUGCAGGAGACCGAAAGCUUGUUUGCCACUCUGUCACACACAGUGUCAGCCUGUCUCAGCGGGAUCCUCCUGAUCCAGGUCCUCUGCUACAGGCGCAACACCGCCACCUCUAGAAAGAAGAAUGAGUAGAGGAGGAGGAUUGGGUGACAAAUGAACACUCAGAAUAUGUUGCUCCUUCCUGUCAUUUUGUCAUGUUUACAGUGUUGUUUCUACAUCUAUGCCGGUGUUCUACACACAGAUCUACUUUAAAAACAAGUGUCUGUGUAAAUGACAACUCUCAUUGUCUUGCUAUUUAAUCAUUUUAGACAUGUUAUUACUGUCGUUAGUUCACCAUUAUUGUGAGGGUGAGGGGAUAAAAAGAACUAUUGUCGCUCUCCAGUGAUUGAAAUAAGAUGACUCUUCUCUUUGAGGUAACACAGCUUUCAAUUGUAUCUGCAGGUGACAGUCAGUUGUUGAGUGUGUUUGGGUUAACUGCUUUCAAUUCAAGUACAAACUGACAGAUCAUCUACAACAAUUCUUCCUCAAAUUCUUAAUGUCUGAGUACGGUAAUCCUGAUGCUGCAGACAGGAACAAACAUCCAAGCUUUUGUCAGAUCAGGUAAUUUCCCUGAUUAUUUCCUCCUCUAUGGGUGAUGGAACAUUCCGAUGAUGAUUCAUGCCAUGUCGUGUCAGAGUUACUGCUGCUGUAGUUCUACUCAUACAUUUCCAAGCAUCAAACAGCUUCACCAAAUGGGAUGUUCUUAAUGCAAGAUUACCCAACACCUUACUGUAAACUGGGAGCAGGAAGUUUAGCGUUUAGCUUGAGGGUUUUUUCCGUAAGGAGUGUCAAUAAUGCUGUUGUCCAGAUCUCAGAGAUUGCACGCCAUCAACCUUAAAGUUAUUUUUUACCAACAUAUAGGAUUUGGAAUAUAAUGUAACUUGUUGAUGUUUUUAGAUGAAUUCCUGAGCACCAGUUGUGUCUGUAAACACUUUUUAUGAAUUAUUUGGACUGGCUUCUGAGCUAAUGGCAGCCACUGUGGACGAAGUGUUCAGUAAUACUCGGGACAUUUGUAGGAGCUCUGCCAAGACACACUAAGGUGACCAUGGCAGCAUACGUGCACCAAUGACACAUUACCUUGCUUGUUUUGGCAAUUACUUGUUUGUUUCCAGCCAACUUAACAGUCAAAUACUAGUAAUGUGGCUCACCAGCUAUGUAUAAUAAACCAUUUCUUUGUGGGGUUCCACAUUUAUGGAUUUUCUUACUUUCAUACCAGUUUCAUAAUUGCACUCUGAACUGAAUUUAAUAAUACUGUGAAUUGUCUCUUAACAGUCAGAAACAAAAUUAAAGAAUUAACAGAGUUAUCACCUUCAGUCACCAUUAUGUUUGGUCUGUUAAAGGGCCGAGGCAUAUGAAAACAUUAUCUGCGUAUACAUAAAUAAAACAACCUCCUACUAACGCUGUUAUGUUAUGUUGGCAUUUUAACCCAGUUUGUUGUCCAAAGCAUAGCACUGACUGUCACUACCAGUUUAGCAAUGAUAGGUGCCAAUGCUACAGGCUAUGCCAUAAUGGAUUAUGGAGAAGUUCAUUAGUCUCAGCAUUUAAUUAUUUAAAAAAUAUUAAGAAAAACAGACAUUUUUGGUGCAUGCAGGUAGAUUAAAAGACAACAGCUUCUUAUGUGAUAGGGAUGCACCUCCAAUGAUAUUUACAUCUGCGUCGCAUAAACAGUGCGUUUGGGUUGGUAUUGUGAGCAUGUUGACGUUGGUAUUAUAUCAAAUUACCACUGUCCACAAAUACAGCAGCUAGCAUUGCUGCAAUCUAUCAAUCAAAAAUGGUGCUCAAAACAGGGUACCUUGAUAAAUGCAUACGAAAUGUGAAAACACAGAGUGAUGCACUUUCUGUUCUCUAAUAAUUCAGUUGAUAGGGAAAUUCAUGAAUUGGUCAGUUUUGAAUUACAUGUUCAGAACAUCACUCAUACAGAACAUUACAAUUCUUGUAAACUGGAGGAACUGAACCUCAGGCCUGAACCUCCUUAAUUACAAUUUGGGACACUUUAGUACUAAAGGUUGAGUAUAGUUUGAUAAUAAAUGAACAUUUCCUUUUUUGUCAUGUUCAAUUGUUAUGAAACAAGGUAACACCCCAAUGUCAGUCAAUAAAAAGUCAGAUCAUUUGUUUGCUCUUCAAGUCCAUUGUACAGACAUAUUACAGAAAAUAACCGAGUGCAUUCAGUGAGACAUUCAUGGAACACAACUAAGCUGCUGCAUGUAGCAUUUAUUAAUUAUGGCUCAGCUCUUAUAACAACGUGAGUUUUUUAUGAUACAAAUUUCAUCCAAGACUUUACAUUGGAACCAUCUGCGAAUGAAUUGAGCAAUUAUCAAAAAAAGUAUCAAAAGUACAUUUAGCAUUUUGCAUGUAUUUCACAUUAUCUAUUGCUCCUCAGGCUCCUAAAUUAUAUAAACUAAGCAGUAACUAUUGUUUGUAGUCGUGGUAGACCACAGUCAACAGGUUUCCAUUCACACACAGCAUA